AGGAAGUACCGAGCUGUGCUAACUGGAUGCUUGAGGACACUGCUUCCCAUUGUGGGAGGCUGCUGAUCAGUCCCGUUGACGGCUGAAUGCAGCUGAAUCAUCAGAUCGGAAAGUAGAUCGCCGCUAGGGCGCUGUAGUUUGUACAGAGAAGAGCGAAAUGGCAGAUCGCCCAAAUAACUUCCCACCGCUGCCUAAAUUCAUCCCCCUGCGGCCCUGCUUCUAUCAGAAUUUUGAGGAAGACAUUCCUGCAGAACACAGGACCCUGGUGAGGAGGAUCUAUCAUCUGUGGCUAUUUUAUUGCCUUUCGCUUGCUGUGAACUUGGUUGCCUGUCUGGCCUGGUGGAUCGCUGGAGGUUACGGUGUGAAUUUUGGCCUGGCCAUUCUUUGGUUGGUUCUGUUCAGUCCAUGUGGGUAUGUCUGCUGGUUUCGUCCUGCAUAUAAAGCCUUCAGGUCUGACAGUUCGUUUAACUUCAUGACUUUCUUCUUUGUGUGUGGGGCCCAGUUUAUUCUCUCUACUAUCCAGGCAAUCGGAUUCUCAGGAUGGGGAGCAUGUGGCUGGCUAGCUGCAGUGAGCUUUUUCAGCACCAAUGUAGGGGCUGCGAUAGUAAUGCUCUUUCCAGCUGUGAUGUUUACAGUGUCUGCUGUAGUUACUGCUCUGGCACUAAUCCGGGUUCAUCGGUUGUAUAGAGGAGCCGGUGGAAGCUUCCAGAAAGCCCAAGACGAGUGGCACAGUGGAGCUUGGAAGAAUGCUCCAAGCCGUGAGGAGCAGUACUCAAACUUUGCAGGCCCUACUCUGCCACAGUAUCCCACGGUACCGAGCUAUCCAGGAGGAGCACAGUGGCCCUGAGAGUCUUCCAUUAGGCCUCUAAAUGCGAAAGGUCUGCCCCGAUUAUCAGGAGAAACCCUUACACAUAUGAAUCGGCUAACAGCCUGAAAAGGGCCAAUAAGAUAAGCGCACUAAAAGGUGGCACUGGGCACGGUGAACCUUUUCUACUGAAACUACAAAUAAUCAACCUCACAUCACUUCUAUAAGUGUGGGUCUUCACAUCUAGACCCUGAAAUCUAAUCUGAAUUUGGAAGAUGGAGUUUAAUAUUGGUCAUACAGUACAUCCAGUGAUUGACUAUGAAGGUCACGAAAGUGACCAUUGCUUCUAACUCAAUUUUUUUUAAAUUGCUUAAGGAGUUUAAUCACAAGUAGUACAAAAUAUUUGUAUGCGAUUUUUUUUUUUUAUUAUUAUUCUUUUCUUCUUCUUCCCAAACAAUACAAUUGAAUAUAACUUCAUGGCUUAUUUACAGUUUUAAAUUUUUUGUUUAUAAUAAUACCAUCUGCCCAAAACAUGGACGGGUGAAAUGACUUUGAACUCAUUGAUCAGAUGUAUAAUCUAGUGUGACAUAUUAUUCAUUUGUUUGUUCAUUUUGAUUUGUAAUGCACAUUUGUGUUAGGGUCAUGAAAGGUUAUAAGGAAGGAGAAGAAGAAGAGUUGGAGUGCCUUAAUGCUUGAAGCACACAUGAAUAAA